AUGCAGAAAAACUCCAAGAGGAGCAAUAAUUCAAGAGUUUCUGACAUAGACUUGAACUCUGUGGAUAUUGAGGAGAAGAAAAAAGAGAGUCAAAACAACUAUUUUGAACUAUUGCCUCCAGAAGUCACUUUAAACAUUUUCCGUCAGCUAAACAUCCAGAGCCUGUGCAGGGCUUCAAUGGCAUGCAGGAGCUGGAAUGACAUGAUAAGAAACAGUGAUUCCUUAUGGAAACCACACUGUUUGACUGUAAGAGCUGUAUGUCAAAGAGAAAUAGAUGGGGAUCUAGAAGAUGGUUAUUCCUGGAGGGUAACACUACUGAGGAAUUAUCAGAAGAGUAAAGUGAAAUAUAAAUGGCUAAGUGGCAGAUAUAGCAACAUAUGUUCUCCCAUUAGCCUACCAGAGAAGAUCAUGUACCCAAUGGAUGCAGAUACAUGGGGGGAAAUCCUAGAAGCAGAACUGGAACGGAAAAAUUGUAAACAUCUUGUAACCGGGCCGUAUCCACCCACCUCACAAAGCUCCAGCUGCCUUGCCUUCACAGGUGGAGAGAUGGAGAGCUGCAAAGAAACAAGAAUUAUUGGAAAUGAAAAAUACAGUGGAACACAUUACAGCAAUAUCAACCCUUUCUAUUGCUAUUCUGCACAACAAGAUAAUUCUAGGAAAGAAAGAAAGAAAACAAGAACUAUAAAAAGCAGCAGAGGUCGAAUGGGACUAAAGAAGGAGGCACAAUGUAAAGCUUUGUCAGUAAAAAGCAGUGGAGAGACAUUACAGGAGAAAGGGGUUUCCCUUCAUGGUUCCAGUGUGCUCUCUCAGCAGGCUCUUGUAAUUUGCAGUAUCUCCAGCACCAAGCUUGCAGUACAUGGCUAUCAGCAGUACCCUGUGGCCAUCACUGCCUUAUGA